UGUGACUCUCAGAGAGAAACCAUGAGCACAGAAAAGCACCCUGUUGUUUUGUGAUGUCACCUCUGGAAUGUUCUGAGUGUUUUGGUGACCAGCUUCCGCAUAGGACCUAUAUCUGGCACCUCACACUGCAUUCAAGGCCAAAUUUUACAAGAAAAGGAGACACGAGAUCUGAAAACAUAGAAAUACCCAUCAAUGUGGUUCUACCUCAGAGAGGCACGGCGGAGCCCUACCUGAGGCUCCACAACCUGUACAGCACUCCUCGCUGCUCGCGCCAGGCCCCUGGGCCCGGGCUGAGCCGCCGGGUGGUCAGCCAGCACUCCUACCCGCUCAACCGCUUCUCCUCAGUGCCCUUCGACCCCAUGGACCGCCCCACCUCCCAGGCCGACCUGGAGCUGGACUACAACCCUCCUCGCGUGCAACUCAGCGACGAGAUGUUCGUGUUCCAGGACGGGCGGUGGGUGAACGAGAACUACCGGCCGCAGUCACCACACUUCUCCCCGUCCUCCUCCCUGCACCACAAGCUGCACCACAAGAGGCUGGCCAAGGAGUACCUGCUGCAGGAGGAGAGCAGGUGCCUGCGCGAGGAGAACCGGGCUCUGCGCGAGGAGAACCGGGCGCUCCGCAGGGAGAACAAGAUCCUGCAGGUCUUCUGGGAGGAGCACAAGGCCACACUUGGCUGCGAGGCCAGCCAGCCGCCCUCUCCGCUGCGGCGCAAGGACAGCGCGUCCCAAGAGGCGGUGCAGAAGGAACCCGCGGCCCCGCCGGCCCAGCGCAGCAAGGAGAACAGCACCCUGCAGCUGCUGCGCGAGGAGAACCGCGCGCUGCAGCAGCUGCUGGUGCAGAGCCAGGCCUACUGGGCCCGGGUGGACGACAAGGCAGCCGCCGCAGAGAACAGCCCAUCUGGGCCCUCUCCGCACGAGGAGCCCCACAGCCCAGGGCUGCUGCCGGAUCAGGGCCCGGGCCUCUCCUCCCCCUUCGAGGAGCCCAAAGGUCCCGUGACACCGCAGGAAGACAUCCAGAUGCUGCGCGCCCUGCGGGAGCUGAUUGGCAACUUGUCCGGGCGGGGGCCGUCCAGGGAAGAAGAAGGUAAGGCAGGACCCGGGCCGCUGCAGUUGCUGAGAGAGAUGGGCCAGGCACUGCAGACCCUGCACGAGGAGAACCGGCUCCUGCAGGAGGAGAACAGGGCCCUGCACGUGCUGCGAGAGGAGCACCGCGCCUUCCAAGAGGAGAACAAGGCCCUAUGGGAGAACAAUAAGUUGAAGCUGCAGCAGCGGCUGGUCAUCGACACGAUGACCGAGGUCACCUCCCGCAUGGAGAUGCUCAUCGAGGAGCUGUAUGCCUUCAUGCCCGCCAAGAGCAAGGACCCCAAGAAGCCCAGCAGGGUCUGAGGCCUUCAUCGCAAAGAAGGACCUGGAGUUCAGGCACAGAACAUCCACCAGGCAAAACAGAGUCCCCUGCCUUAUCUCCCUGGCCACGGCUCACCAGAUUUCCGGUGACAUAGGGCACUCUUGGCCUCCUGAACUCAGAGAAGCAAUAAAGG